CUUUGAAACCUUGCUUGGUUUUCAUAAACAAAACAAAUGUGUUUAUUUACACGGUGAAAUUUAAAUUUUAUAUACAUAUAAUAUAAAAUUCAAUUGCCUUGAAAAUGCUCUCUUUACGAAAUCUAAGACAUGGUAUUACAUCAAAGUUUCCUCUGAUGCAAAUAACUGCUGUUCGAGGUGUAUUAUCAGAAGCUUAUUUAUGUGAAGAAGCAUGGCAAAAAAGGCUUCAAAGUCCUCUGUUAAAGGACUUAAAAAUGGAUCUAUAUUUUGUUGAAGUUGAUAAAAAGUUUGGAACAAAACAUCUUGUUAGUGGUGUUGAGAUAGAUUUGUUUGCCAAUAAUGUUCAAGAUGGCUCAAACUUAGAUGAACUUGAGCAUUUACUAUACAGGUUUCGUAGAACAAAACGUGCUACUGAAAUGAUGGAUUCUACUAAUUAUGCAGUUAUUAGGGCAUUCAUAAAAUUUAAACAAUAUGACUCAUUGAUGAGAAUUUUAACUAAUCGGGAAGGUUAUGGUGUCUUUCCUGAUUUAUAUUCUUAUAAUAUCAUUAUGAGCACGUUUUUAAAUGAAAAGAUGUAUGCAGAGGCUGCUCGCACAGCUAUCCUCAUGAUGUUGCAAGAAGAUUUCAGUAAUAAAAUAAGCCAGGCACUUGGAAUAUAUUCUUGUCAGAUGUUUCUAAAUAAUUGUGAAUUAAGCAGUUUAAAUCCGAAAGAGGAAGUUGAAGAAAACGCCACUGAGAAACAAGAUGAUGAUGAGGAAGAAGUGCAACUGGUUAGAGUUCCAUUCCUGAGAAACUAUUGGUUUGAUGAUCAUUUUGAUAUUACCAAUCCAAAACAUCUUAUAGGCAAAACUUUUUAUCUGAUUGGGCGUGAGAUGGACCACAUUUUGGGUAGAUCUUACCAAAUUAUUGGACUUGCUAUGUAUGAAAAGUGGAAUAAAGCUGCUGCCUUGUUAAUGACUUUUUCUCAGUCAAAAGAUUCCACAAUAUUAAAUGAAUCUGUUGAAAGAACAAAAGCAUGGAUUGAAGAAAUAGCUGAUGACGAUGAAAACACCAGGGAGAAAUUAUUGAAUAAAUUUGAUGAUAUUUUCAAGAAAAUGGAAUCAAAAUCUUUGAUACAAAAUGGUAACCUCAAUACUCUGCUAGAAUCUUAUUUGAAAGAGACACUACUGAGUGAAAAAGAUGACAUUGAAGCUCAACAAAAACUUUUUUCUGUUUGGGAAAAUGAACGCAAAGAAGCUCUUGACAGGCAAAAUGCUGAAUUAGAUAAAGAAAGAAGACUAAAGAUGAUUGAAGAGAAAAAAGAUUAUUUAUUUUGGAAGGAGAAAUUGUUAUUCUUUUUUGAAAAUGAGGAUAAAAAUUUGGAGGAACUUAAGAAAGUUGAGGAACUAAUGGAGGCCUUGAAAGUGCAUAAAAAAGUACAAGAUACAUAUGAACCUCCUGAAAUAGUUAAAAAAGCCCCUGAAAGAGUUAGUAAAUAUCAAAGAUUAGUACGUGUCAAAAAGAUAUAAUAUUUUAGCAACUUUGUUAUGUAUAUUUUAAAUAA